AUGGCCACACCGAAGCUCCCGUUCCUGUAUCCGAAUUUGAUGCGCGCUGUGCGUUCAUGCGCACCGAGAACAUACCGCUCCCUUCGAAUCCCAUACCGGCCCACUCAACGCUUCCAUACGAGUCAGCAACACCAACGCGAUUCCUUCCAGCGGCGUUACGGUCCAGCCGUUGAACCGAAUUCUUCUCCUUCUUUGCGUCCAAAGAAGGGUUCACAUGGCCAGGUUCACGAUGUGCCAGGGGAUCCAUCUUCCGGACAUGAGGAUGUGAAUGCCUCCGGGCCGGAGGAAGCUGUGCCGGAAGAAUCACAGUCGGAGUCGCAAAUGCAGGAAGGCGAACAGGGCACUGCAGAUGUUGAUUCUUCGGCGACCCCAGCCCUAGAUCGACAAAUGGAAGCUGAAGCUAAGGGAACCAACCCCCCGACAGACCGGGAACCGCACGAGGAGAAGGCAACGGAUAUAGAUGCCGAAAAGGAACAGGAACAGGCUUCGGCUUCUUCGUCCCCUCCUUCCGAAGGUCAACCAGAAGGAAAUACAGAUAACUCUUCGUUCACAAGCCAAACCCCGUUCGAGGACGUCCUACACAUGCCCUCGCCGUCAGUUUACCUAGCCCCAACCGGGGGACCUUCCGAAGAUCGCCCGCCACAUUUUUCUCCAGCACCCUAUGUGCAUCAUUUCGACACAUAUUCGUUGGUCCAGGAUCUGUCAAAGGGAGGAUUUAGCGAAGAGCACUCCACUACAAUCAUGAAGGCUGUGCGGGCCAUCCUACAGAACAACCUCUCCAUGGCUAGGGAGACACUCACUUCCAAAUCCGAUGUCGAGAAUGAGGAAUACCUGUUCAAAGCAGCCUGCUCCGAGCUCCAGACAUCGCUUCAAACAGCUCGUAACUCGGAAAUACAGCAUCAGCGCUCAUCACGCACGCAAUUGCAGCAUGAAACGGAUAUAAUCUCGCAGCGUCUCAGUCAGGAACUUGCAGGCAUGAAAGACGACAUCAAGGGCAUGUUCAAUGAUCACAAGAUGAUCACGCGAGAGCAGCAGCGGAGCAUCGAUACCUCGGUUCAGGAAUUGAACUACAAAAUCACUGUCUCACUAAACAGUGAUGGAAAGAGUGAGAUCGAAAGUCUUCGUUGGAUUUUGACCAGACGUGCCGCUAUGACGAUUGCCAUCUGUGCUUUCAUGAUCAUCGUCUUCUUAAAGUAUGCUUCCACGCGCAAGGAGCCUAAACCCAAGAAAGCCAAACAAGCAGAGGAGCCGGUUGUCACCAAAGAAAUCACCACUGAAACUCGAGUGGUCGAAGAUGGUGGAAUUCAGACAGUCGUCCCGUCUACUGAAGCGCAUCUCGGCGAAUCCCUUGGUUGA